AUGAAGAAGCUGCUUUGGACUAUUUGUCUCUUGGGGAUUCUUUUCCCUCCAAAGUUUGGGCUGAAAGUGCAACAUGAUGGAAUCUCUGCAAAAAAUGGACAUGGGAUGUUGGAGAAGAAAGAGAGUUCCAGGAGCAACUUGGAGAACUAUGACUAUACCAAGUAUCACCCUAUUGAGGAGAUCUAUAAAUGGAUGAGUCAAAUAGAAGAAAGGUACAGUGAAGUGGUAACACAGCACUUUCUCGGCAUGACCUAUAAGGCCCGACCCAUGUAUUACCUGAAGAUCAGUGAGCCAACAAGCACCCUGAAAAAGAUCUUUUGGAUGGACUGUGGAAUUCAUGCCAGAGAGUGGAUCACACCUGCCUUUUGCCAGUGGUUUGUGAAAGAAAUUCUACAAAACUAUAAAACAGACCCAAGGAUAAGCAGAUUUCUAAGGAAAGUGGACUUCUACAUCCUCCCAGUUCUAAAUAUUGAUGGCUACGUCUACUCCUGGAGAAAAGACCGCUUCUGGAGAAAAUCUCGUUCAUCCCAUAAUAAUGGCACUUGCUUUGGGACUGACCUUAACAGAAAUUUCAACAUAUCCUGGUGUAAUGUUGGAGCUUCUAAAAACUGCACUCAUCAAACAUUCUGUGGAACAGGACCAGUCUCUGAGUCUGAAACAAAAGCAGUUUCUAGUUUUAUUGAAGACAAGAAGGACAGCAUCCUAUGCUAUCUAACAAUACAUUCUUAUGGCCAAUUUAUCCUCACCCCUUAUAGUUUUACCAAAACUAAACCGAGUAACUAUGAUGAGUUGAUUCGAAUUGGACAGAAGGCAGCAAAAGAAUUGAAAGCAAAGCAUGGAAGCAAUUAUAAAGUUGGAUCAACCUCAGAUAUGUUAUACUUUACAUCAGGAAACUCACGAGACUGGGCUUAUCAUAUUGGGAUUCCCUUUGCUUAUACAUUUGAAUUGAGAGACAAUGGUACCUAUAAGUUCACGCUACCAGAAGACCAGAUCCAGCCCACUUGUGAGGAGACCAUGGCAGCUGUCCUGUCCAUCUAUGAUGAUAUAUAUGAGAGGGAAUGGGGCUUCAACUAAGAAGUGGUAUUCACCUCAGCUACCAUGAGGCUCAGUGUCUUCCUGUUCUUCAUGCUUUUCUUUUAAGGACAUCUGUUACAACUCCAUUUGGAGCCCCCAGCCUUGUGAAGGAAGUCCACAAGUCAUUCAAUAAA